UCGUGUAGCCCAUGCAAGUCGGCCCCAGUUCCAGCGAUGGGCUACAUGCCUGAACAUCUUCCACCUCCGCGGCCAACCAAGGCCAAGGCGACCGAGCAGUCCACCUCCGCCGCCGUCGCCGGCGAAUUUGACCCCACCGAGCCAUGGUACGCGCGGGUGUGCACCCUGACGCGCCUCCGACGGCACCGGGAGGCCCUUGCGGUCCUACAACAUGCCGACCCUUCGCCGCCGCCGCACGCCAUGGCGCUGCCAUCCGCUGUCAUCUGCUGCGCCGCGCUCUCCCUCCCCUUCGGCGUCGCGCAGAUACACGCGCUCGCUGCCAAGCGCGGCCUCCUCCCAGCCUCCGACGCGUACCUCCUCUCCGCUCUGCUUUCUUCGUACUGCCGCCUCGGCCUCCUCCCCUGCGCCCGCCAGCUGCUCGACGAAAUGCCCCCUGCGUCCACGCCUCCAGCCACUGUCCUCGCCGCCUUCAACUCUGUCAUCUCCGGAUGCGCACUCCACGCCCUCGCGCCCGCCUGCUUCGCCCUCUUCCGCCGCAUGCGCGUGCACGUGGCUAGCGUCCGCUUCAAUGCCGUCACGCUCCUGGCGCUACUCCCGGCCACUCCGACGACUGUCGUGCCGCAACUCCACGCCCUUGCGGCUCGAGCGGGACUCUCCUCCGGCACUACCGUGGCCAACUGCCUCAUAUCUGUCUACGGCCGCAGCAGCGCAGCUCUUGCUCGGCAGGUUUUUGAUGAGAUGCCGCUGGCCUCCCGUGAUCUCGUCUCGUGGACCGCCGUGCUGUCAGCCCACGCUCAGAAUGGUCUCGCUGUGGACGCCCUCGAACUCUACCGCCGCAUGCGUGGCCACGGUGUGGAACCAGAUGCUCUGACGCUGGUGGGCGUGCUCUCCUCCUGCGCACACCUUGCCGCCCGUAGUGUUGGCCUGGACGUGGAUCGCUACGUGCGUGAGAGACUACAGGGGUUUCGUGCCAAUGUGCAGCUUUGCAGUGCGCUUAUCAACUUCCAUGCACGCUACGGCAACUUGCCCCAGGCGCAGCAGCUGUUCGACGAAAUGCCCAAGAAGAGCAUUGUGUCGUGGACGGCGCUGAUCACCGGGUAUGGCAUGCAUGGACAUGGUGACAUGGCCAUUAAACUCUUCCAAAGAAUGGUGUCAGAAGGCGUACAGCCAGAUAAUGUCGCAAUGGUCGCCCUCUUGUCGGCGUGUAGCCAUGCCGGGAAGUAUGAAGAGGGGUGCAAGUACUUCUUUGCAAUGGAGAGAACCUACAAGCUGCGGCCUACACUGGAGCACUACGCCUGCAUGGUGGACCUUCUUGGACGGACGGGCCGUCUCGAGGAGGCACGAGAGCUCAUCUCGUCGAUGCCCAUGCCAGCCGAUGGUUCUGUGUGGGGUGCCCUUCUUGGGGCGUGCAAGAUACAUAAAAAUGUGGAGGCAGGGGAGGAGGCUUUCAAGCAUGUUAUUAUGCUCGAACCGAGCAAUGUGGGCUACUACGUGCUCAUGGCUAACAUGUACACUGACAGUGGACAACAGGAUGGUGUCGUGAGGGUGCGUGCGAUGAUGAGGGAGCGUGGACUGAAGAAGGAGCCCGGUGUAGCUACCUCGAACACAAGGGAUUGUCAAGAAGAUGAAUGGCACAGCAGGAAUGGGGGAAAACAGAGUGCUUGACAAGAAGGUAGCUGUAUCGUUGGUUGGCACUCACAGUGAGAAGCUCGCCGUACCAUUCUCUAUGCUGAACACAGUGGAUGUUGAGAUUGUGGUGAUGAAGAACCUGAGGUGUGGGGACGUCCACUCGUUCCUGAAGAUGGUCUCUGCAAUUGCCAACCGGGUGUUUCUCCGCAGGGAUUCGAGCUGCUUUCAUUGCUUCGAGGGUGGAGCAUGCUCCUGCAAAGCUUACUGAUGAAUAAUUGGAUUUGGUCCUCACUGUGAAGGAACGCUUAGCUGGUUGCACCGGAUACCUAGUCUAGCUUUUGCUCCAAAUCUUCUGUACGACAUGAAACACGCUUGAUUGCUGAAAAUUACAACACUAAUAUCUCAUAGUACUGCAGGCUGGACAAACAACAGAAGAGACAGCCAGUACCCUCAUACUGUGAUGCUCAACUAUGUAAAGAUCGGGCUAUGUAUGUUGAGUAGAACCUGAGGUUCAGAUCCGAAGACUCUUGUCCUAAUGCUGGCCAGUGAGUUGACCAAACUGCAAGUUUCCCUACAGGCUGCUCUUGUACUCCCGAGUGGGAUGCUGAAUGCCCCAUUCAUUUGGUUCAAUGGCUGAUAACUAAUUGUGGAGUAUCCUGAUUUCAGAGGUGUCACAAGUGCAGAUUUUAACCAGAGGUGGUCGCAGUGUACACCAGAAACACCCGAGUUCUCCAAUAGAUUGGCACCGUUCAGUUCAGUGGUAUAUCUCAACGGGUUUUUGUUGAAGAAGAUGAUAAACUGCAAUUGCAUACAGAUGUUAUAGAGGUGGCGGAAAGUUUCACUGAAAUAUGGAACCAAAUGUUUUCAUACUCGCAGGUGUGGGCUGAUGAUACCAGCUGACAGUGAAUAUAUGUCGUGCUGCAAACAAGAAGAUAAAAGACAGUCUUUGUCAUUGCGAGUGCAACCGUUAGGUAGGAACAUUUUCUGCCAUGCUAAUGCCCUGAUGAUUGCCAGUAUCAGGAAGACUAGGAAUGGUGUUGCAGUUGCUCGGAGUAUAUCACCAUUGACAGUGUGAUGUCCAUCUCUGUCAACCUAUGUUUUUUCUUCUAGAACUUGUCAACCUGCGUUAUUGCUUGCCAUUGGAACGGGGACGGGCAUGCGACAAAGCCGGCCCUAAGAGCAUCUUCAACUGGACCCGACGGUGACCUGGUCGUCCGGCCGUCAAGCAGCGGUCCCUAACGUCCAAGGACUUGGGCGCGCGUUGUCACCGGUGGAUCUGCUCGCGGCCGACUCCUUGGACGUCAGAGAACUAGCGGUUGAAGACAGUGUAGGAGUCGGACCGCGUUGCGCUGUGAAGAACAGGGUGCGGAGGAAGCCUGUGCCUGUAUCCUCGUGAAGCAACAUACUUGGGCCGCUCGUGCCCUCGCCGGCAUGCCUCUGGAAUCGGACGAGAACAUGUCCGCUACCUCUUUCUACACAUCCAACUUCGGCCAUGAGCAGAUCCACCUCGACUCCAACGCUGCCUUCCAGCGCUAAUUCUGCAACAAAGACGACAAGGGCAAAAGCGGCCGUCGGUGAACUUCCCCUAUCUAGUUUAUUUAUGCCAUCGAACAAUCUAGUCUUAGUUAAAUGUUGUCUUUGUUGUAGUAUGUAGUCCUUGUUGAACUUUUGGUGUCCUAUGUCAUCCGAUGUUUGAACUAUGUCCUAUCUAUGCUAUCUACGUAUAUGUUGAUCGAUGUUCCAUAA